CUAAUCCUGUCAUACUGAAAGAAAAUUGUAAAUGUUCUCUCCAGAAACUGUCCGUCCAUUGCAGCUAAUCGAACACACACGCACGAAUACAGACACGCUCUCCUGCUGUACUAAAGGCGCCCGGGCGCAAAGACCUACGGAGCGCGCGCGGGCGCACACACACACACACACACUCACACGCUCCAGGCUGCCGGUUGGCCAGAGCCUGGCAAUCGCAGAUUUCACCAGGAAAUCGCCGAGAUACCGGAAUAGGUGUUGCCUCCCCAAAACUAAUUCCUACUUCCCCAAGCACUUUGGGGAAGAAAUGAAUCCAACCCAGCUCGCCGAGGCAUCCAGGUCUCCGUUCUAUUUUGGUCUCCAGGCUCUUCGUGAAAGCCAGAUCAAGGGAGAAAGAGAACCGGCGGCUGGCCUCGGACUCUAAGCGGUGCGCAGCUCCAGCCCGGGCGGAUCGGCCCUGAACCCACAAACGGCUCCUCGCUCCUUCAAGCCUCCACCACCUCGCAGCCGGGGAGGCAACUGGAGCGAAACCAGCGACAGGUUGUUAGCAACAUGAGUACAGGGUCUGGAUCUUACCCAUUCAAGAGUGUAUUCCCAGCACCCAAUGCCUGGCAUAUAGUUUAAAUGUUUACUUGCUACUUGGCUACUGAUUAGAGAACACAAAAUGAAUAACUCAACAAACUCCUCUAACAAUAGCCUGGCUCUUACCAGUCCUUAUAAGACAUUUGAAGUGGUGUUUAUUGUCCUGGUGGCUGGAUCCCUCAGUUUGGUGACCAUUAUCGGGAACAUUCUAGUCAUGGUUUCCAUUAAAGUCAACCGCCACCUCCAGACCGUCAACAAUUACUUUUUGUUCAGCUUGGCCUGUGCUGACCUUAUCAUAGGUGUUUUCUCCAUGAACUUGUACACCCUCUACACUGUGAUAGGUUACUGGCCUUUGGGACCUGUGGUGUGUGACCUUUGGCUAGCCCUGGACUAUGUGGUCAGCAAUGCCUCAGUUAUGAAUCUGCUCAUCAUCAGCUUUGACAGGUACUUCUGUGUCACAAAACCUCUGACCUACCCAGUCAAGCGGACCACAAAAAUGGCAGGUAUGAUGAUUGCAGCUGCCUGGGUCCUCUCUUUCAUCCUCUGGGCUCCAGCCAUUCUAUUCUGGCAGUUCAUUGUAGGGGUGAGAACUGUGAAGGAUGGGGAGUGCUACAUUCAGUUUUUUUCCAAUGCUGCUGUCACCUUUGGUACGGCCAUUGCAGCAUUCUAUUUGCCAGUGAUCAUCAUGACUGUGCUAUACUGGCACAUAUCCCGAGCCAGCAAGAGCAGGAUAAAGAAGGAAAAGAAGGAGCCUGUGGCCAACCAAGACCCCGUUUCUCCAAGUCUGGUACAAGGAAGGAUAGUGAAGCCAAACAAUAACAACAUGCCCAGCAGUGACGAUGGCCUGGAGCACAACAAAAUCCAGAAUGGCAAAGCCCCCAGAGAUCCUGUGACUGAAAACUGUGUUCAGGGAGAGGAGAAAGAGAGCUCCAAUGACUCCACCUCAGUCAGUGCUGUUGCCUCUAAUAUGAGAGAUGACGAAAUAACUCAGGAUGAAAACACAGUUUCCACUUCCCUGGGCCAUUCCAAAGAUGAGAACUCUAAGCAAACAUGCAUCAAAAUUGGCACCAAGACUCCCAAAAGUGACUCAUGUACCCCAACUAAUACCACCGUGGAGGUAGUGGGGUCUUCAGGUCAGAAUGGAGAUGAAAAGCAGAACAUUGUAGCCCGCAAGAUUGUGAAGAUGACUAAGCAGCCUGCAAAAAAGAAGCCUCCUCCUUCCCGAGAAAAGAAAGUCACCAGGACAAUCUUGGCUAUUCUGUUGGCUUUCAUCAUCACUUGGGCCCCAUACAAUGUCAUGGUGCUCAUUAACACCUUUUGUGCACCUUGCAUCCCCAACACUGUGUGGACAAUCGGUUACUGGCUUUGUUACAUCAACAGCACUAUCAACCCUGCCUGCUAUGCACUUUGUAAUGCCACCUUCAAGAAGACCUUUAAACACCUUCUCAUGUGUCAUUAUAAGAACAUAGGCGCUACAAGGUAAAACAUCUUGGAAAAAGAUAGAAGGUGGGCAAGGGGAGCUUGAGAAGAAUAAAAGGGAUAACAGAGCUCCUAGUUUUAAAAUCUCUGCCACUGCACUUUAUAGUCUGAUUACAAAACGUGCAAUUCAGGAGCCCAGCAGUGACACACUUAUCAGGCCUAGGCUCCAGUUUGCAAAAAUUGCACCUUAUAAACUGCCAGUAUUAGGAGCAAUGAGACAAUGAAAGAAACAUGUUGGGAUUCUGGAUUUACGAAACUAUAUACUCUUUCUCAUACUCUCUUGAAGAAGGGCUUCUGAAUCUACAAUUUUAUCAGUCUCUGCACAAGAGGAAUAACCUUGUUCCUUUUUUGUUUCUUUUGUUGUUGUUGUUCUCAUGUGUCCUUAAGAGAAGGAAAAGCCACAGUCACAAGGUAAACAUGGAGACUUAAACAUAAAGAAAUAGGCACUAUACAAUGGGGACAUAAAGAAAGAAAAUCAAAGAAGGAUGCAGAAAUUGUCUCCAGAGUGUUAAGCAUAUUUUAUUAUUUUACAGUCCUAUUUAGACGAUUGCAAUGUAAUAAAUGCUUAUUUUUUGCCUUUCUUUUUCCCACCAUGAAAAGAAAGCAAGCAAACAAAAACUCCAACUAGGUCACACCAUUUUUCUUCUUGUUAUGCCAUUAUUUUAUACAUCCCUGUUCUAUAUGGUUUACAGGCAAAACCUACAGGACUUUCACUAAAUCUAGCCAGAGACAGCCAUGAAAAUGGACAUUUCACCCCUCCUCAGUGUGUCCUUUGCAUUCGUUGGGGGAUAUCAAGGCCUAUAAGGAUUUAGUGCACUUAUGAGCCUAUAUGCGAAAUGUUAAAACCAAUCUGAUUUUCUCCUAAAUAGCCUUUUAUUUCAACAGAAUAUCCUACCUAAAACAUAAACCUGUUUAAGAAACCAACGUCAUUUUGAAGUUGAGGUUACAUCAAAUUAAAUAAUGGACGAUUUAGUUGCAGCAAGUUUAUUAAAGUCAGGUGAAUUUUAAGAUUAAAAAAUAGAAGUUUAGGACAUUCUAUUUCAACCCCUGUAUGAAAUGUUAACUUAUAGUAAAUGAACUCCUGACUUUGUCAGCAGAAAGGAAUGCUGUUUUAUUUAUUUGGAAUCCUAAAGAGGAUUAACAUACUCACGCAGCACCAGUGAUUUCUCGGUCAGUCCCUAGAGAAUAGGACCUUCUAUCCAACGCCUGCUAAAGGAUGAUAUUCAAAUUAUAAUCAAGUGAGGUUGUCAGCAAUUAUCCUAUGACCCCGUGAAAGGGGAAAAAAAGAUAUUUUAAAAACUAUUACUGAAAUAAUUACAUAUUCCAUAUUCCUCAAAUUGUCAAUUCUCCCUAACGUUAUUUAACUUCAAAAUUCCCUUAUCAGUAGAAUUAUAGUAAUCUUUGUGACAGAAAUGUAGUGGCUAACUAAAUAGAGGACAAAUGAGCUCACAGAAUCUGACAGAAGGAUGUAGGUGGCUGUUGCCAUACCACCUCUCACCAUCUAAUUCCAGACCAUAAUAAUCAUGUCAGGAACUAUUAUCUAAGUGGUGGCAUUAUAUAGAAUCUUGCCACAUAGAGAUUUUUUAUUUGGUCAUCUAAAUAAAUAUAGAAUUAGGAUUAUACUGAUUCACAUGUAACUAGUUAUUUUUAUCCUUUAUAUUUUUCUUACACUAUUUGCUGUAGUUUUCCAAUGAGAUUUUCUAAAAAUGGCUCAAUCUAUAGAAAUCAAAUGAUAAAUGCAUCUUCAAAUUUCAUAUUUUGGAUUUUAGAUUUAUGGUAUCUUCUCCAGUAAUAAUAAUGUUAAUUAUAUGAUAAAUUUGUCAAUAUUAGAUCCCAGCAUUUAAAAGAGUUAUUUUGUAUAAUUAGCCUCAUUGAUGCCACCUCAACAAUUUGGAGAGUUAAGAAGGAAAAAAAGCAUGAGGAAAAAAACCAAAAAAGUUGUAAGUUAGUAAGAAGCAAAUUGCCAGCAGUAUUUAUAUUUGACUUACCCUUCAUAAAAACAAUUUCCUGUCUAAUUAACUUCAGUCAUUACCCCCCAAAUAAUCUUCCAUAUUCAAAGCAUUCAUUUAUAUAGAUUCCCUUACCUACAGUUACUUCAACAUGCACUUUUACAUUUUAAAUUCGUAUUUAUUUUCAUAUUGUUUCUUCAAAUAAAUGAAUCAAAUGAAUGGAAAUACCAUCAAGCCAUUGGGCUCCUUGACUUUCUGAAACCCAGAGAAUUGACUAGCCAAAUAUAUCCCUUUUUAAUUUAUUGUAUCAUUAUGAUGUAGAUUCGGCUUUUGCUGGGAAGAACCCUUUGGCAUCAAGGAUUCAGGAUUCAGGGUCUGUUUUUGUUUGCUCUGACAAUCCAAAUCACCAUGAGUCAAGCUGUCUUUUAGUCUCUGCUGCCAUUGUAUCCUUCCUUUUCUUCCCUCUGUUAUUGAUCCUUGCCACAGCCACUGCAACCUCAUUGAAAGAGAAACUGUCACGUUAAAGAAAGAAAUUGAAGAUAGACUGCCACCACGGAAACUUUGUCAAACAGAUCAGAAAAUGGAAGGAAUACUGAAAAUGAUAGAUGAUUGGAGAGAUAUGGAGAUUAUAUUCAAGGAUUUUUAUUAACCACUGCUGGAUUUGUCUAUUUCAGUGGCGCUCAAACAGAGACAAUUCCCUUCUCCCCGACAGGGGACACGUAGCAAUGUGAAAAGACAUUUUUGGUUGCCACCCUGGAAGGAAUGCUAUCGGUAUCGAGUGCGUAGAGGCCAGGAAUUCUGCUAAAUAGCUAUAAUGCAUAGGACAUUUUCCCCCACCCCCUUUAAACAAAUAUUAUUUGGCUCAAAAUGUCAACGGUGCCAAGGUUAAGAAACUCUUGUCUACUUUAAGGGAUUUCUAAAGCUUGCCUCUUAUUAGCGGGAAAAUAAUCCUGCAUUAUUUUUAGAAUAUCAAUGCAGGUUGCUCACCAGUUAGAAAAAGGUAAUACUCACCAAUCAUGUAUCAGAAACACUUUUCUUUUGAGUCUGGUGUAUGUGUCAGUCACAGAUUGGGAACUCAGGCCACAUCUACAUAUCAAAAAUCACCAGACUAUGCAUACAGCACAUCUUUUUUCCAGCAUCAUAUUGCUCAAUUAUGAUUGCCACAGAUCUAGUCAAUUGAGGUAGAAGUAGUUGGCCAUCAAAAUAUUUGCAGUUGAUAUGGUCAGUUUCUACUGAAGCUGCAAUUUUUCCUUUCAAAAAAUAUUAAGAGCCUCUUUCAGAAACAAUAUCAUUUAUCUUCUUUGCAUUUACUGGAAAGGUGAUUAUCUGUAAGGUCUUUUGUUUUUUCUCUCUUCAUAGCAAUAAUGUAGCUAGCUCAGAGUGAUCUUAUAAGAAGAGGAGAUUAAGAAUAUGGAAAAAAUCUGUUCAUUUCUUGGAAACAAGAAAUGAAUUUCCCUUUUACCAGUUCAUCAUUAAUUUAAUGCCAGCUCCCAAGUAUUAGGGCACAGUAAUCAAUAUGAGAAGCCACAAGGGGUCCGCCUUCUGGUUUGAAAUGUACAAAUUGGAUGUCCAACAUGCUCCUGCUCUUUGUUCAUCCACUGCUUUUUUGAUCCUGAAGAUCUGACACUGGGAGAGAUGGGAAUUCAAAAUGAUGGCAACAAUUACUCAGCAAUGCAGUCUGUUUUUAUUUUCUCCUACUUAAUUCAUUGAUAGUUUCCUCCCUCUCCCCAAUUUGAUAAUAUCCCUUUCAACAACCAUAGUACUGGUGUUGCAAAUAGUUUAGGAAAGCACCCAAAGCUGGAUGAAAUUGUGCAAAGUGUAUUCUCAGCAUGUAUAUUCAAUACCAUGCCUCUUAAAAAUGCUUCUCUUAAAGGGUGCACGCUGUAGCAUGAAAUGUGCGCAUAUUUAAUGUAUCUUCCUGGAAUAUGCUAUGUGCUAAAAAUAUAUAUAUAUUCUAUAAAUAAAAUAAUAAAAUGUACAAUAGAAAUACA